AUGCCCAACCACAUCCGUCUUGACCUCCACACGAUCGAUGACACCAGCUUCCCAUACGUGUUCGAGCAAAAUGUCACAGUACACCUUAAAUCCGGUGAUCUCGUGCGCUGUAAUGUCUAUCGACCCAAAACUGCAGACCGUGUUCCCGUACUGGUAACAUACGGGCCGUAUGGGAAAGAUAUCCAUUAUAAAGACUUUUCCCCCAAGUUCGCCGAAGUAAAUCCAAGGCACAAGUCGGCUCACUCAGCCUGGGAGACUCCAGAUCCCGGAUACUGGACAGCCCAUGGCUACGCCAUCGUUCGCGCCGAUGAGGUCGGCACAGGGCAGUCACCAGGUGUUCUAGACACCAUGUCUCCAUCAACAACGGAUGCGUUCGCCCAGGUGAUCGAAUGGGCCGCCGAACAGCCAUGGUCAUCGGGAAAGAUUGGUCUUCUCGGCGUCAGCUACUAUGCCGGCAGCCAGUGGCGCGUGGCAGCUCGCAGGCCUAAAGGCCUUGCUUGCAUUAUACCAUGGGAGGGUAUGUCGGACUACUACCGGGACAGAUGUCGGCAUGGAGGUAUCUACUCGAACGGCUUCAUCAAAUGGUGGUGGGAUAGGCAGGUCAUUACAAAUCAGUAUGGCCGCCCAGGCAGGGCCGCCGCGAACUGGGGACCGGACACGCUCGAAGGCGACCUCCCUGAGUCAGAACUGCUCGAAAACCGUCGCGAUCAAGUCGUUGAGAACAGGAAAUACCGUUAUCGAGACGAUGAAUAUCACGCCUGCCGGGAGUACAACCUUGCUGACAUCGAAGUGCCUCUGCUCUCUGUCGGCAACUGGGGAGGAAUCUUGCUUCAUCUGCGAGGGAACAUCGAGGGCUUCACCCACGCGGGCUCUAAACUUAAGUACCUCCGCAUGAUCACAGGUCGUCAUGAUCUCCCGUUCUACUACGACGACGAAGUUGAGAUUCAGCGCAGCUUCCUGGACGCCUUUCUGAAGGGUGAAGACCGAGUGGGCUGGUCACAGCCCGGGAAAGUGCCUCCUAUCAACCUCGUGAUCCGUAAAGGAAACGUGGGAGUCAACAACCCAGACGGAGAAGCAACCUACCCACGUCGGGAGGAAUAUGAAUGGCCUCUAGCUCGCACUCAGUACACCAAGUUCUAUCUGCACCCCGACCGGACAAUGCGCCGUGAAAAGCCUCGGGGGCCAGAGCCCUUGGCACUCACCUACCACGCGCUUCUCACGCCGGACGAUUGGGAUGAAGUUCUUCACUUCAUCACACCCCCUUUCGAAGAAGAAACUGAAAUCACAGGCCACAUCAUAGCCCGUCUCUGCGUCAGCGUCUCGGCCGACCGAGCAAAGAUGCGCCCACCAAAGCAACCCACAGACAUCGACCUCUUCCUGACACUCCGCCACAUCGGCCCGGACGGGUGCGAAAUCUAUUACACUGGCACGGCGGGCGACCCAGUACCGCUGACCAAAGGAUGGCUGCGGGUGUCUCUGCGCAAAGUGAACGAAGAGCACCCCUGGCACAGGCCGUGGCUGCCGUACCGGGAGUAUCGUAAGGUUGACCAGGAGAUGUUGGAGGCAAGGACGGUGUACACGGUAGACGUGGAGAUUUGGCCCACGUGCGUGGUGGUUGAAAAGGGGAGCCAACUGUUGCUGGAGGUAUCGUCGGGGGAUACGCAGGGGUGUGGUAUCUUUACGCAUGAUGAUGAGUAUGAUCGGGAUCCUGAGGUGUUCCAGGGGUGGAAUCACAUCCACUUUGGCCCAGACUACCAGAAUUACGUUGUAUUGCCCAUCAUUCCACCAAGAGAAGAGGCCGCUCAGGGAAAUAGAUGCGAUUCGCGUGACAAAGAAGUCGGUAGCGACGAGACAGAGAAAGCAAGGUAG